ACUGGUUGGUCGGAAAGAAGCAGACCUGAUUUCAGUCCAGGCAGAGAUCGAGGGCAAACACACAACCCAAAUAGGGGUUUCUUUUCAAAGCCAGCUGGUCUGGCUUUAAUUCAUGCAGGACAUUGAUUUUACACUAAUCUGCCUCUCUUUUUUGUAAUAUAUAUUUUUGACAUGUUUUUUUUUUACUUUUUUCUCCUUUUUUUAAACAUUUAAUUGAACUGGGCCUCAGCUGGUUCUGCAGGGUGUAACUUCCUGGGGAAGCAGAGAAAAGGCACGGGUGCCGCUGAAUGACAACCUCAAGCAUUGCAAUACCGAAAGAACCUUUCCAAUGAGCUGCUGGCAGACAGUGUAGAUAGCGAGGGGACGUAAGACAGAAGACGAAGGAAGGCUGAAUGUGGUACAGAUGCUGGAAUCUUUGAGGUGAUUGGAACAAAUAGAAAGAAGAAAUAAGACAGAUAACAGAUAGCAGGAGUACAAGAGUGAAGAGAAAGAGGAGUGAAAAGAAGAAAAGAGGAGAGACAGAGAGAGAGAGAGACAGAGAGGGAAGAAAGCUUUGAGUUAUUCAGAAAGAGAAGAAAAAGGAAGAGACGGGGACGAUGGGGAGGAAAAAGAUUCAGAUCACGCGGAUUAUGGAUGAACGCAACAGACAGGUGACAUUUACAAAGCGAAAGUUUGGCCUGAUGAAGAAGGCAUACGAGCUGAGCGUGCUGUGCGACUGCGAGAUUGCCCUGAUAAUCUUCAACAGCACUAACAAGCUGUUCCAGUAUGCCAGCACAGACAUGGACAAGGUCCUCCUUAAAUACACUGAGUACAACGAGCCCCACGAGAGCAGAACCAACUCUGAUAUUGUGGAGACGUUGAGAAAGAAGGGCCUAAACGGCUGUGACAGCCCAGACCCAGACGCAGAUGACUCGGUGGGCCACAGCCCCGAGUCCGAGGACAAGUACAGGAAAAUAAACGAGGACAUUGAUCUGAUGAUCAGCAGACAGAGACUGUGUGCUUUGAACAAGAAGGAGAACAAGGGUGGCGAGAGCCCGGAGCUCGAGUCUGCUCUCAUCCUCACCCCACGCACUGAGGAGAAAUACAAACAGAUUAAUGAGGAGUUUGAUCACAUGAUAAAAACUCAUAAAAUCCCUCAGGCUGUGCCCCCAUCGAACUACGACAUGCCCGUGUCUAUCCCCACAAGCAACCAGAACAAUUUAAUCUACAGCCAUCCCGGUGGGUCCCUAGGCAACCACAAUCUGUUGCCACUAGCGCACCAUGGUCUACAGAGAAACAGCAUGUCGCCAGGCGUGACACACAGACCCCCCAGUGCAGGUAACGCAGGUGGCCUCAUGGGCGCUGACCUCACCACUGGCGCAGGCACCAGUGCUGGCAAUGGCUACGGGAACCACCGCAACUCUCCGGGCCUGCUAGUUUCCUCAGGUGGAAUGAACAAGAACAUGCAGGCGAAGUCCCCUCCACCCAUGAACCUGGGCAUGAACAACCGCAAACCUGACCUACGCGUGCUCAUCCCCCCCGGGGCCAAGAACAACAUGCCCUCCAUUUCUGAGGAUGUUGACCUGCUGUUGAACCAGAGAAUAAACAACUCCCAGUCUGCUCAGUCGCUGGCUACUCCUGUGGUUUCAGUGGCAACUCCCACUCUACCAGGACAAGGCAUGGGCGGCUACCCAUCUGCCAUCUCUACCUCUUAUGGUACCGAGUAUUCCCUGAACAGUGCGGACCUGUCCUCGUUGUCUGGCUUCAACAGCGGCAGCUCCCUGCACCUCGGCUCCAUGAGCGGCUGGCAACAGCAGCAUCUUCAGAACAUGCAGCAUUCAGCCCUCAGCCAGCUCGGAAAUUGCUCUAGCUCUCACUUAUGUCAGGGUUCAAAUCUGUCGCUGCCCUCUGCUCAAAGCCUGCACAUCAAGUCCGAACCUGUUUCUCCUCCUAGAGAUCGCACCAGCAGCACACCAGGGGGCUACGGCGGCGGGGUGCUACCCAGCCAGAACCCUCCGUCCCGCCAGGACUCGGGACGCUCCCCCGUCGAUAGCCUGAGCAGUUGUAGCAGCUCCCACGAGGGCAGCGACCGCGACGAGCACAGGAACGAGUUCCACUCGCCCCUAGGACUGGCGCGGCCUGCCCUGGACGAGCGAGAGAGCCCCUCCAUCAAACGGGUGCGCCUGUCAGAGGGCUGGGCCACAUGAUAGCUCUGUCGACCCCCGGCUGUGCCCCAAGUUGCCCGGAGCCCCUGACGAUACAGCAUUUCGAUGCCCCAAAAGUCAGCUCCUAUCUCCUUGUCACGCACCACCCAACCCCACAGCCUCUCUCCUUGAAUCUCUUUAAUGAUGAGGGAAGGAAAAGGGACAACCCUUUUCAAAAAAAAAUUUUGUUUUGCAAUUUAUUUUUCUUUUUAAUUAUUAUUAUUUUUCUUCUUUUUGUUGAGUUUUGUGUGUGCGUGUGUGUGCUUUACAUAUUGACAUUAUAUAAACCAGAGGGGUGUUCUAAUGGGGUUUUGGGGGUGGAAGGGGGGGGGGGGGAUGAGGGGGUGUUGGUUUGGAUGGGGGAUUUUUUUGCUGGGGAACUAUGCAGAAAUUGUAAUGUGUGUGGAUAAAAAGAAUCACACGCAUAUAUCUCUACACGUAUUUAUGUGUACAUAUAUGCAUAGCAGCAAAUAAAAAGAAGUAGUCAGGUACUCCGUCUCAUAGAAACGUACUUACCAUUUGCCUCAGCGAUUGUGUCAUUAGCUAGAAAGAAAACAAUGAAUUUAAAAAAAAAAACACAUCAACAUGAGAGGGAGUGUGUCCAGGGGAGGGGGGGGGAGAAAAAAAAACACCUUGCACUUGAGUUGGGCAGAAAGUACGUGUGUACAGUAUCACUUUCAUUGCUUGUAUACCUUCUCUGCAGUCCUCCCUUGCAAAAAAAAUGUGUGUUAACAUUAGAUGAUGUCAUGUUGCAGGUUCAACGUAUUUAUGUAAAUAGCGGGUCGACGGCGGGGGUGGGAGGGGGGGGUGGCGGAAGGGGGGUUGGGUGUUGCGGAUAGGGGGGUUUAAAAGUUGCCAGACAUUUCAAGAUUUAUUAACUCAAUAAAUGAAAAAGCUAUUAUGCAACAUUUGAAGGAUUGUACAGGUAAACAUACAGAAACCCAAUGCUGUAUGUCAAUUUCUUUUCUUUUUUUUGGGCGUUCCACUUGGAGGAACGGAGCGAGGACCACCCCCUCGAUCUGAGAGCUGCAUUGGUGUAAUCAAGGAAACUCGGGUUCUAGUAUUAACUAUCAGUAUUGAUGAGCAAAAAAAAAAAAAAAAAGACAAAAAAAUAACAAAAAAAGCAACAAUUGUACGAUACACUUGCUUCUAUUUUCAUAUGAAAGGAAUACAAUGCAAAGCAUUUUGUGGCUUUUUGUAGUUUCUAUAAGCCAGAAUGUGUUUUUGAUAGCUUUGCUAAUGAAAGCUAGAUAGUUCACCCACAGAAAGAGAAAGGAUUGGGGGGGGGGGGGGGGGGGUUGACUGGGCUUUAGCGCCCCAAGCCAUGAAAAACAGAUUGAGAUCCAAUGCUUUGCUGAACUGUUUUAUCUUUGUAGAGGUUUGUUUUUAAACGUGUAUUUCUAAUUAUUAUAUAUAAUAAUGCUAAUAUUAAGAAUCUUUAAAAAAAAAAAAUCUGUGAAAUUAACAUGCUUGUGUAUAGCUUUCUAAUAUAUGAAUAUAUAUAAUAAUGAUUUUUCUCUUUUUUUUGUUGCUUUCUUAGUGGAGUUUCCAUGUGCAGUUGCACAUGUUGUCUGGUUUUUUGUUUCAUUUGAACUCUGAACAGUGCUGAUUAAGAGGGUUGUAUUUAGUCUAACUUUAAAAACCAGCUGGAUUUGUGCAACACGGAGGGGGGGGUGGGGGUGUUGGGAGACGGGGCCUGAAUGCCGAAAAGAAAAAAAAAAAAAAUCGUCACAAAAAAAGGUGUGCUUGUGGAAAAUGUCAUAAGACUGAAUUUGGAGAUGGCACAGGGGGGAAAAAAGUAAAACAAUAUCUUGAUGUAUACCGCUCAUCUCACUCAUGAGGAACUAUGACCGAAAUCUGGAAGCAUUUGUAUGAAUUAAAUCAAUCGUCGUGAUUUAAAAAUAAUCAAAUUGAAUCCAGUUAAUCUCAUAAAACCAUUUUUUUGACAUUAUAUUAAAAUCUCAGGACUUCUCCAAUCUUAAGUGUGUGUUCUUGAUGUUUGACAAGCUCAGCUGAACUGUAUAGUUUUCUUUCCAAUCAUAUUGACUUAAUGCAAUUUUGCAAAUGCAUCUUGACGAACCCCCACUGAUCGCCUCCAUCAUUUGCAGAGCCAAUUUGAUUCUGCAUCUCACGGUCUCUCCUCAUGUUCCAGUCUUUGAAACACAUUUCCACAUGACGCCACUGACUGUUCAGCUCUAGAUCCGAAAGGAAGAAAACUAAUGGGAGAAGCACAAUUUGUUAAUUUUAGAUAAAUAGUUGUUUUAGGAUUUAUUAUAUUUUUUCUUCUUUUUUUUAAACAAUGAAACUAGCCACAUAUCUCUCUCUCUCUCUCUCUCUCUCUCUGCCUCCCACUCCCGUAUCUGCUGUCACUUAAGUGUUAUACUAUUUCUGUGUGCAUAUUUCAUGCAGGUUCACAAUGUUGUUACUGUAUACAGUCUGUGUAGUCAAAUGGGGGCAGAGCCUCUGUAAUGGUGUUCCUUCUUUUAUUUUUUAAAACUUCAAUACAAAAAAAAAACGAAACAAAAAAAAUAUAUAUACAGUUUGGAAAAUAAAUAAAUAUGAUGUUUCAGGCAGCAUAAAGUGUGGAGAAACCAAAGCCAGUGGCAUUUUUGUGUUGUAAAAUCAACUUUUAUUUUCACAUCCAUUCAUGGUUUCUUUUUUUUUUUCUUUGCAAGCAUUGAAACAAGAUAAUAAAAGAAUUUGCUCAAAUGUACAAUUGUUUUUUUCACAUUUCAAUCGGGUGUAGCUUCAGUUGCACUGUUUGGUCACUCUUUUCCUGUGCGAUGCAUUGAAAAAGGUUCCGUAUUAGCAAAAAUGCUCCGAAUCUAGAAAUCCAUCCAGGCCUGUGACUACUCCCUGCUCUAGUUUCGAUCAUUUUAACCAAAGACACAGAAAAAAAAAAAUUGUAGUGCUACCUUUUUAUUUAAACCCGUCUGGUGUAAAUAUUGGUACCUCAAAAUUGACCCAAGCAGUACCUCAGCUGAUUGUUGUUGUUUUUUUCUUUUUUUCUUUGAUAAAGUAACAUGCAGUGCAAAAUGGGAGACCAUACACCUGUACAGCCAUGUGUAAUAACAUACAAUUGCUAAAUGUCCUGGCAUUCACGCGGGACUCUUUGUUGCUCCACUGUGUUUGUGGUUUAUUUACGUUGUGCUCAAAAAUCUGAAGAAAGAAAAAAAAAACAUUUUUUUUUAAGGUGUAAUAUGGUUAAAAAAACAACUUCAGAGUCAGUCUUUAGUGUUGAUGUAGCUUGUAUAAACCUGAAAAUAAUGGGAGAAAGUUUGGAAGUAAUGUUUCUGUUUUUCAAGGGAGCGGCUUUCAGCGGCAUAAGCUGGCCUUUGUCGCCACUUGAGACUACGGUGGUUUUAAAUUAAAUCACAUGUCUGUAACUCAAGGGACUUGUUUCAGCUGUAUGUAGUGGGGUGGGAGGGGGGGGGGGGACAUGCGGGGAUGGAGUCCCAAGUCUCCUCUGCUGGGGGAAAGGCUAUUUGUAUUUUGCAGAGAUUUCAGUAAAGUUAUUGGCUUUCUUAGUUAUCCUGAUGUGACUCUGUCUGAUUUUAUUGUGUUGGACUUCUUUCUAUACAUGCUUAUCUAAACAGUCAUUUGUUCCAUUAGGGGGGAAAAAUACACACAUAUCGACCUGACAGUCCUCUUUGCAUUUUUCUGUAUAACACAGUCUGCUGCUUAACAUUCACAACUGAAAUAGAGGCUGCGUUUUUACAUUUACACAUAGAUUCUAACAAUUUAAUGGGCACCUUCAAAUCUAAACACAUUGACUUUUUUUUUCUCACUCACAAUUACAGUGGUGAUAUGUUGAUUCAGAAAAAAAAAUCACAUUCAAAAUGUUUCUUGCAAAUCAACGAAAAUCCACGUGUCCUCCAGCAGUUAUAAGAAAUGGUACAAAGAGAAAGACGAACACAGCGUGUUUAGGCCUACUCAAAGAAUGGCUGACUCACUGGAUCCUCAAUGAA